UAGAGAGGUUUUGCCAAUAAAAAAUUUAGAGGAAGCGUAUAGAACUUCACUACGUUUGCCUUCAAUAAUUUAUUUAGAUUUCUUCCCCCUCCGUUUCCAUGUUACCCACAUUCUGUAAACCCUAAUUUCUCAGGAUGAACUAAUCAUGGUGGAGGAAUUGAAGACCUCAUCCAUGGCCGCCAAAUUGCAGUACCCCCAAAUUCAACUCGACGAUUGCGAGCCCGAAAAUUGCUCAUCAAGGGUUAUCGAAGAUGUUCAUAUGAAUGUGGGAGGAGCCUGUAACUUGGGAUCAUCAGAUAAUGAUGUACGUGAAUCCAUGGAGUAUCCGAUCAAGAAAGAGGAUGAAAUGGAGCUAAGUGGGGCUAGCGAUGAGCAAAAAAAUGAGCUAGCUUCUGCCAGUCAAAAGGUGGAUAAUUGUUUUUAUUACGACACACCACUUUCCGAAGAAACGGGUGUUUGGAUUCCCGUCUCGGUUCCACCGUUGCCGCACGAGGAAAUGGAAUGGAACAGGGGCCUCUAUUUGAACGGGGCCCACUUGCCCGACGGCGAUUUGGGUUGGAACGAGUUUAUCGGGGAAGAUAAAGAGAUGACCAUGUGGGAUGUGGUUCUUGAUAUGAUGUUAGCAGCUAGAGGAAAAAUCAGCGCUCUUACUUCUUACGACGCACACGCAUACGGCAUAUCGUGGAUGUCGAGCCUUCUUCUUGAGCAAGCUUGGAAAGAGAUGGCCCAAACUCUCACGGAUGCUAACUUCGGCAAAAUGAAGGACAUUUUGGAAUCGGAGCCUCCAAAAUGGUUGCCCGAUAGUGCUUCUUCUGCUUGUAUGCUUUGCAACGUGCGUUUUCAUCCCAUCAUGUGUUCAAGGCAUCACUGCAGAUUCUGUGGGGGGAUUUUCUGCAAUAGUUGCUCUAAGGGACGGAGUUUGUUGCCUUCGAAGUUCCGAACGGGGGACCCACAGAGAGUAUGUGAUGUGUGCUGCGUUCGGCUUGAAGACGUACAGGCGUGCUUGAUGAACCAAGUUAGCCGUGCGGCACAGCCGCCAACUCAUGAUCUGACGGAUUUGAGUACGUUGAGAUCUUGGCUUAACUUCCCGUGGGUCCAUUCUAUGGAGUACGAGAUAUACAAGGCCACAAACACCAUUCAAGGUUACACUAAGGUUGGACAAUUGACACCCGAAAAGUCAAUACCGGGUGCAAUAUUAAAGCAAGCUAAGGGACUUGCUAUCUUAACUGUUGCAAAAGUCGGAGUGAUGGUUACGUACAAUAUUGGCACCGGGAUAGUGGUUGCUCGAAGAGAAGAUGGAUCUUGGUCGCCACCAUCUGCCAUUGCAUCCUUCGGCAUUGGCUGGGGAGUGCAGGCUGGCGGGGAACUGACUGAUUUUAUUAUUGUGCUGAGAACAAAUUCGGCUGUCAAGACGUUUAGUGGGAACGCCCAUUUGUCGGUUGGAGCAGGUUUAAGUGCCGCUGUUGGUAUUGUUGGAAGGGCUGCUGAAGCUGAUUUACGAGCUGGCGAUGGUGGUUAUGCUGCUUGCUAUACAUACAGCUGCAGUAAAGGUGCAUUUGUGGGUUGCUCUCUCGAAGGGAAUAUAGUGAAGACCCGAAAACAAGAAAACUCGAGGUUUUACGGUAACCAAUCCAUAUCUGCAGCAGAUAUUCUUCUUGGUUCGAUGCCUCGCCCUCCUGCAGCAUCUGCGUUGUACAAGACGCUUUCAGAGUUGUACCAGAAACACUGAAGUUGUUCGGUCGACAUUGUCAAAAACAAAUCUCCGUUACGCCGUAAAUGUAUAUGUCUUUCCAUGUAUAUAUAUUAUGCUUCAAUUCUUUAUCCCUAUUUGAUCAGUUGGCAAAUGCUUGUAUAGUCAAAAACAAAAAAAAAAACAAAAAAAAAAAAAAGAAAGCCAUUGAAGAACAAAAAUUAUUUAGUCCCAUUUGAAACUCAGUAUUUAUAACACGCAAUAGUAUCAUUGAAUUUGAUCUUCA